AUGAGUCCAGCUGAGAUUGUUACAUCGCCUUCUCUCCCUACUCUAGAGGAGGGAAGGCCUAUACACUCGAAAUUUGGAAACGGUGAUAUCCACAUACAACACGAGCAUCGUGACCCGGCGACGAUUGGAGAACUUGAGAGCGCACCGUUGAUCGUCAAAGAUGACCCCGUCGAGAAUUUCAGACGGAUGAGGGUAGUCGUUAUUGGAGCCGGAUUCUCAGGGAUCUACUGCGGUAUUCGCAUCCCUCAGCGGUUACGCAACGUUGAGCUCUGCAUUUAUGAAAAGAACGCCGACGUCGGCGGUGCAUGGUACGAAAAUAGAUAUCCUGGCUGUGCCUGCGAUAUUCCAUCGCACUCCUAUCAGUAUACCUUUGAACCAAACCCAUCCUGGAGCAGAGUCUAUGCCACAGCCCGGGAAAUACACAAGUAUCUCAAAGACGUGGCAACAAAAUACUCGGCAUCUAGAUUUAUCAGGCUGUCUCACCAGGUUGUGGAUGUCGAAUGGCAUCAAGAUGUGUCAAAAUGGUUUAUUACGGUUAGAAACAAUGUCACGGGAGAGACAUUUUUAGACAAAGCCAACGUUGUUAUUAGCGCCCGAGGGAUGCUCAAUGACAUAUCCUGGCCCGAUAUUCCAGGACUCCAGGAAAUGAAGAUUCCAGUUAUGCACUCAGCAGCCUGGGAUGAGAAACAGACCUUCGAAGGCAAACGAGUCGGGAUCAUCGGUGGCGGUAGCAGCGCGAUCCAAAUCAUUCCCUCCUUGCAAAAGUUGAAAGACACGCAGCUUACCUGCUUGAUUCGAAGUAGCAUCUGGAUUGCCAGUCCAUUUGGCGAAGAUGCUAUGAAGGAGCUUGGUAUCGAGGGAACUGAGAUCAAACCAGAACAGCGUGCUCGUUUUGCAGAAGAUCCAGACUACUAUCUGAGCUUUCGUACGAAGCUUGAACGGGCCGCGAACCUAGAACACGCCGUUACAUUCAAAGAUUCCAAAAUGCAACAGCAUGCCCGCGACGGUUUUACUCAGCUCAUGAGAGAACGCCUUGCGAAGAAGCCUGAACUCUUUGAACACAUAUUGCCUAAAUUUGGAGUUGGGUGUAGGCGCCUGACCCCCGGGCCCGGUUUUCUUGAAGCUCUAGUCGAGGAUAAUGUCGAAGUGCUCAACAAGCCAAUUGCAAAAGCGCGAGACACUGGCCUUGAGCUACAAGAUGGCACCAAACUAGACUUCGAUGUCCUGGUCUGCGCCACCGGAUUUCGGACAUCUGCGCCGCCCCCUUUCCGCGUCGCGGGUGUGGAUGGGCAACUGAUGGCGUCGAGGUUCAACCCAUUCCCAGAAACCUAUCUGUCUCUGACCACCGAUAGCUUCCCAAAUUACUUCAUGAUGCUCGGUCCCAAUGCUGCAAUCGGCACAGGGCCGUUAACGACAAUGAUGGAGAAGACAGGCGACUACAUCAUCAAGUGUAUCCGCAAGAUGCAAAAGGAGAACAUCGCACGUAUGGAAGUCAAGAAACAGAGGGUGAAGGACUUUUCAGCUGUCGCGUCGAACUACUUCAAACGGACCGUCUAUCUCGACAACUGCACGAGCUGGUACCGUAAUUGCGGUGGCCGUGGGGACCAGAUUUCGGGGCUAUGGCCCGGAAGUGCGCUGCAUGCAAUGGAAACUCUUCGGUCGCCACGCUGGGAAGAUUAUGACUACAGGUAUGAAGGGGAGGACGAUAGUGGGAAAGAAGUCAAUCGACUGGCAUGGCUUGGGAACGGCUGGUCUGUUGUCCGAACAGAUGAUGGUGCAGGAGACUUGGCACAUUUCUUGCUGCCCGAGUCUGUGGAUGUUCCCGCUGAGCCGUUUCCGGAGGAGACACUGGCGUAUAAACAAAAGCCGUUUUCUCAUUGA